AAAAUCCUUAUUUGCCACAUUCCCCAUUUUCCUGCAGGGGCUGCACACUUUUUACAGGACUUGUAGCUUUUAAAGAAGAAAACAGGAUGGAAACGUGUGUUUCAAUCAUUUUAGCAAGUAUCCUCAUCAUACCAUUCGCCCUCAAAACUUUCACACCUUAUCUCUGGGCGGAUAUCUUGUAUAUCGGAGAUCUGCUGCGGAUUUUAGUGAAGUUUGUUUCGAGGCGAAUGAGAAGACCUUUCUUCUUUGUUUUGGACCGUUUCUUGGAGCAGACUGCUGCGCAUCCAGACAAACCGUUCAUUGUGUUUGAGGAUGAAAGCUUCACGUACACAGACACCGACAAGAAGAGUAAUAAAGUUGCCAACGCGCUUCAGUCUCACCCCCGAUAUAAAGCCGGAGACACCGUCGCUGUCUUCAUGGGGAAUGAGCCCGCCUUCAUGUUUACCUGGCUGGCUUUGGCUAAAUUGGGCUCCCCUGUAGCUCUUCUCAAUUACAACAUCCGCACCAAGUGUUUGCUGCACUGCUUCAACUGCUGCAAGGCCAAAGUGUUGAUAGCAGCUCCAGAGCUGAAGGAAGCAGUGGAGGAUGUGCUGCCAUCACUGAGAGAGCAAGGCGUCACCGUCCUCCUGAUGACCAAACACUGUGACACACCUGGAAUCGAGAGCUUCUCCGAUAAAGUGGACCAUGCGGCAGACACACCGCUCCCUCGAUCCCUCAGAUCACACAUCACAUUCAAAAGUCCUGCGGUUUAUAUUUACACCUCUGGAACUACAGGUCUCCCUAAGGCAGCUGUGGUCAAUCAGAACCGCCUCCUAACAGCUCUGGCUGUUUUAUCCUCAAAUGGCGUGUCGUCUAGUGAUGUCAUCUACCUCAACUUACCUCUGUACCACACAGCUGGAUUCAUUAUAGGCUUUAUUGGCUCCAUGGAGACAGGGUCAACCAUCAUACUGAAGAGAAAGUUUUCCGCCUCGCAGUUCUGGGAUGACUGCAGGAAGUACAGCGUGACCGUCGUUCAGUACAUAGGAGAAGUGAUGCGUUACCUCUGCAGUACACCAAAGAGAGAAAAUGACAGAGACCACAAAGUAAGACUGGCCAUUGGCAAUGGCAUCAGAGCAGAGAUAUGGAAGGAGUUUCUCAAUCGCUUUGGGAACAUUCAGGUCCGAGAGUUUUACGCCUCCACUGAGGGAAAUGUGGGAUUUGUCAACUACGCGGGGAAAAUAGGAGCUAUUGGACGGGUCAACUUUUUGCAUCAGAAGCUGUUUCCCUACACUCUUAUCAAGUAUGACACAGAGAGAGAUGAGCCGAUUCGAGAUGCUAACGGCCUCUGCAUAGAGUCAGCCAAAGGUGAAACGGGACUCCUGGUAUCAAAGAUCACAGACAUCGCCCCUUUUGUCGGCUACGCUCAGAAUGAAGAGCAAACGGAAAGGAAAAGACUUCGUAACGUUCUCAAGAAGGGAGAUCUUUACUUCAACAACGGAGACCUAAUGAGGAUCGACAAAGACAACUUCAUCUACUUUCAGGAUCGUGUUGGUGACACAUUCAGGUGGAAAGGUGAGAAUGUGGCCACAACCGAGGUGUCUGACAUCCUGACUAUCAGUGAUUGUCUCAAAGAAGCCAAUGUUUAUGGAGUCCAAAUACCAGGGCAUGAGGGGCGGAUAGGGAUGGCUGCUGUCACUGAGAAGGAAGGCGCCCAGUUUGAUGGAAUAAAAAUAUAUAAACAUGUGGUCAGCUACCUACCAUCGUAUGCCCGACCGCGCUUUAUAAGGAUACAGAAUGCUGUGGAGGUGACAGGGACUUUCAAACAGAUGAAGGUGAAGUUAGUGGAGGAGAAUUUUGAUCCGGGACGUAUCCAGGACCCCCUCUACAUCCUUGAUGAUAAUAAGAAGAGUUAUGUGCCGCUGACGGCCCAGGUCUACAGCUCCAUCAUAUCAGGAAAUAUCAAGCUAUGAGUAGGCUUUUAGUGUCUGCUAGGUGUACUACAUAGAUAGUUUUAAUAACUUCAGCUCAGGGACUAAACAGAUCUUUUUUAAUAAUACUCAUAUCAGUUAUGUGUAGUAAAACAACAUGGAGACAUAAAUGCUCUUUACUAAAGUAGUAGAGGGGAAUAACAAGUGCAGGGUUUAUUUGUAAGGAUCCAAGUUGGAGGCUGAAUUCAGCCUACAAGAGGAAGAGGGACUUUGAUAAUGUAAAUAGCAUAUUUACUAGCAAGCAUGAUGACUGCUUUCCACUCUGACACUUUUACUUUAUUCAGUUUAAUAAGGGUGUUGAGGAGUGUUGCUGUUGGGAUGGUGGGACAUGUGAAGGACAUGUGCAGCACUGAUCAACAGAUACUAUUAGUGUAAUGAGAUGCUUCUGACAGUCUUCAUGGAGAACAAACUAGAAGACAGCUGCUAUUUGACUUUCUAGUAAUGCUUUAUUUUACAGGUCCUUUAAUUUUAUACUAAUU